AUGCUGCUCGACCGGAAGUCUUCGCGCUCCUCCGGCCUGCCCCGCUUCAAGCCCUCCACCCACACCCUCAAGCAGCCGCCCCUCUCCCCCCAGGCCGACGCCGAGCCCGCCGCCUACAGCCUGCCGCCCAUCAGCUCGCUCGCCGCCAUCAAGCACUGGUUCGACCCCGCCCCGCCCAGCCCCUCACUCGCCGGACCCGCCCCAGCCAGGGCACUCUUCCCGAGCACCAGCCCCUCCCCGCCCCAGCCGCAUCCCAGCACCGGCAGCCCCGUCGAGCUGCUCGACGCCGCCAUCCCUUCCCCGCCCGCCGCCAAGCAGUCGCUCAAGCCGCUGCGCAACUCCAUCCGCAAGCGAACGCCCUCCAGCCUGUUCGCCCGGCGCCUGUCCAGCGCCAGUCUCCUCAAGUCCAAGCUCACCAGCGAGCAGCCGGAGAAGCCGCCCAAGAACCGCAACUCGGCCCACCAUGAGCCCCAGCGGCCCACGCCGCCCCUCCAUGCUGCCAGCAAGCCCAGCAACAGCCCGCCCGUCGGCGGCAAAGACCCCAGCCAUACCCCAUCCAGCCCAAAAGCCCACUCGCCCCCCAGGACGCUGCUGAGCCCCAAGAGAAAGCUCCUCAGUCCUUCUCCGAAAAAACACGCCCCUCCAAGCCCAGCCACCACCCUCAAAACCCUGCCCAGCCAUCAUCCCCGCCCCGGGCCAGCCAUGAACCUCCUGAGUCUGGGCAUCCAGUACAACCCUGCCCUCAGGCCAGACCCCGCCCCAGCCCCUGUGCGCGAUCCCCCUGCGGCCCCUGUGCUCAAGCCCGGGCCCCGAGGCUCCUCUCUCCACCCCUUUUCCCGCGCCGCCGCCUCGCCCACAUCCCCCUUUGCCACCACCCAGUUCAGCCCGGCACGGCUGGCCAGUCGCAGCUCGACGAUGACCCUCGCCUCGACCUGCACGACCGGCUCCGACGACGAGUUCCGCUUCUCCGACCUCGUCUCCAUCCAGCUGCCCUCCACCCCCACCGCCGCCCUCCGGCCCUCGCCCGCGGGGAGACCGGCGGACCUGCUCUCCGACUUCCCGCUGCCGCCCUCCCGCGACGCCUUCCUGCCGCCCUCGUUCGACCUGCUCUCCCACGGCCCCCAUUCAGAGCCUGUCGACCUCCUCUCCGGCCUCCCCCGCAGACUCGACUACAGCCCCUCCCUCCCGCCCCAGAUACCCCUGCCCCCCCUGCCCGCCACCCGAGGCUUCCGGCCCCCGAGCCUGCUCCACAGCUGGUUCCCGCUCGCCUUUCCCGACAAAACCCCCACCCAACCGCCCACUGAAGCCAUGCCCGCUCCCUCCCCAAACCCCUUCGAAUCCCCCGACAUCUCCAGCACCUCCUACAACCUCGACGACCUCCUCGAUCUCUACGACACGCACACCUCGCCAGACUCGUUCAAGCGCACCGACCGGCCCACGUCCAGCACGGCCGUCGACGGCCCAAAGCAAGCGCUGGACCUCAAGGCCAUGGAGUCCUCGAACCUCCUGGACGUCGACCUGCCCAGCCGGACAAGCAGCCCGGACCACCUCAGCAGCCCCGGCGAAGAGCUCGCCAAGGACGACGAGGAGACGCUCAUUGUCCGGGACCAGCAGGGGCAGUCGCUGAGCAAGAUCCAGCCCCUGCUGGACUCCGCCUCCGAGGGCGAGGAGGAGACGGCCAGCGAGAUCGACCUCGACGAGCCCCUGGACAUGAUGGCCGUCCGGCUCGGCUACCAGCUCCACCUCGCCGACGGCUCGGACUCGGACUCGGACGACGCCGGCCGCCGGCCGCUGCGCCGCGCCGAGGAGCUUGACGACGACGACGCGCUCUUGGACGCCGCGCCCGUGCCCUUCUCGCGCGGGCCCAGCCGCCAGCAGGGCCUCUUCCAGGUGCGCUCCCUCAGCUCGCUCCGCGCCGCCCACCGGGCCCCGUCGCGCAGCCGGACGAACCGGGUGGUGAUCGCCGAGGCGAGCUCGUCGGACGAGGAGGAGUUCGACCUGAAGCUCGACCACGACCACCGGGCGACGAAGCACGACGGCGAGGAGCCAUGGCGAGGCGGGCCCGAGUGGCGCCGCUCGUCCGUCGGCUCCGCCGGCACCCUCGGCUCCUUCACCACCACGCCCUCCAGCUCCCACUCCUCCUACCAGACCCGCUUCUCCUCCCCCGCCGACACCCUCGUCUUCCCCCCCGACGCCCUCCCCAAGACCUGCCUCGGCCUCGGCUUCCACAUCCAUCCGCCCCCCUCGCCCCUCCUCCCAGGCGCCACAGACCGUCGUCUCUGGCUCCAGCGCGCCUUCGCGCCCCGCGACGCGCCGGCCCAGCCCCGCUCUGCCUCCCUGCCCGGGCCCUCCUUUAAGCCGUCCUCCUCCUCCGGCCCCGUCCACAGCGCUUGGGACGAGGACGACGGGGCCUCCGAAGCCGUCCCCGACCAGCUGUCCGACCAUCUCGACCGUCCCCGCGCCUCCUACAGACUCAAGCCGCUCAUGCUCGUCUCCCGCAAAGACCGCCACCUGUCCUUCCCCCUCCUCCACGCCCCGAUCGCCGAGGAAGCCGCCCCCGCCCCGCCCGCCUCCGUCGCCCGCACCCGCGCCUCCGUCCCCGCCCACCUCGCCUACCGCCCCGUCCCCUCCUCCUGCUCCUCCGCAACAGCCCGCCCACCCGGCGCGCCGCCCCGCAACGUCCGCGUCCGCGCCAGCCUCCCCACGAGACUGCAGACCCUGCCUGAGAAACUACAUCAUCAACAACACCAAAAGAUCGAAUCAAACCCAUCGGAUGGUUGUCCAGAUUCAGCCUCAGCCCAUCUCAUCUGA